CCGCACCCUUUCAGCCGCUCUUUUACUGGCUCCUGUCCUCCCUCCAUCCUUGUCUCUCUCCUGCGGUCCCCUUUGGGCUGAAGAGACACACCCUUUACGUGUGUGCGAGGGAGAGGAGGCUGGACCUGGGGGUGCCGAGGAGGGUGCAGGGCGGGGUCCCCGCAGGCGCAGCUCGAGAAUUAAAACCCCGGGGCUCCAAAGGGCUAGAAGGCACGUCCCCUUCUCGGCCCUGCACCCAGCCCCCAGCCGCCCCUGGCAUCGACAGCGCCCCCUCUGUCCCUCUGGCAGGCUCCACAGUGACCACUGUAGGCUCCUACGAGGGCUCUGAGGGAUGUGAGAGGAAGAAAGGCCAGCGCUGGGGGUCCCUGGAGCGGCGGGGGAUGCAAGCUAUGGAGGGGGAAGUGUUACUCCCAGCGCUCUAUGAGGAGGAAGAGGAGGAGGAGGAAGAGGUGGAAGAGGUGGAAGAAGAGGAAGAGCACGUGCAGAAAGGUGGCGGCAUGGGCUCCCUGUCGUUGGGCAAGCACCGGGGCCUGAGCCUCACGGAGACAGAGCUCGAGGAGCUGAGGGCUCAGGUGCUGCAGCUGGUGGCAGAGCUGGAAGAGACCCGGGAGCUGGCAGGGCAGCACGAGGACGACUCCCUGGAGCUGCAGGGGCUCCUGGAGGAUGAACGGCUGGCCAGUGCCCAGCAGGCAGAGGUGUUCACCAAGCAGAUCCAGCAGCUCCAAGGUGAGUUGCGGAAUCUACGGGAGGAGAUUUCCCUGUUAGAGCGUGAGAAAGAAUGUGAACUUAAGGAGAUAGAACGGGAGUUGCAUUUGGCCCAUGCGGAGAUCAAGAAUCUGCGACAAGCCGCAGAUGAUUCUGCGACUGAACAUGAGAGUGACAUAGCAUCCCUGCAGGAGGACCUCUGCCGGAUGCAAAGUGAACUUGAUGAAUUGGAGCGUGUUCGGAACGAGUAUGAGCUGGAGAUCACCUCCCUCCGUGCAGAAAUGGAAAUGAAGACCUCUGACUCAUCUAAUAGUUAUACUCCCUCAGAUUACUCUGAGCUGCAAGAGGAAUUGCAGCAACUGCGGGAACGCUACCGCUUCCUGAAUGAGGAGUACCGGGUCCUGCAGGAGAGCAACAGCAGCCUCUCAGGGCAGCUGGCAGAUCUGGAGAGUGAGAGGACACGAAGAGCAACAGAAAAGUGGCUGGAGUCCCAAACGCUAAGGAGUUUGAUGUCAACAGAGUGUCAGACUGUAGAAAUGGAUUUCCUAGAACCUCAUCCGGAAACCCAUUCGUUGCGACAGCAGCUGCUGGGAGCUGAGGAACAGCUAUGUGACAUGCAGAGCAAGUGUAAGGAAUUGAGCUGUGAGUUGCAAGAGCUACAUCUUCAUCGCCAGACCAGUGAGGAGGAGCAGAGGCGGCUGCAGAGGGAGCUCAAGUGCGCACAGAACGAGGUGCUUCGGUGUCAGACUUCCCAACACGCCGCCCAGAACGAGGAGCUGAAGAACAGACUCUGUGCCCUGCAGCACAAGUACGAUGUUAGCCAGGAUGAGCAGACUGAGCUCUUGAAGGAGCAACUCCAACUUCAGGCUGAGCUCCGGCAGCUCAAAGUCACGAAACCCAUAUGCACAGAAAGCCCAAGUGAGAAGGAGUUACGGUGCCGGCUGCAUAGGCUGCAGCUCCAGUACGAGAACCUCUCGUGUGAGAAGGAUCACCUGCUGGACGUGCAGCGGCAGCUGCGGGAGGACCUGCGGUACCAGGAGGCCGAGGUGCAGCGCCUCAGAGACAUCGAGGGCUAUUUCCAAGAGAGCAAUGAGAAGAACGCAGAGAUGCAGUCCCAGCUGCAGGAGAUGAAGCAGCGGUACGAGAACAGCCAGGAGGAGCUGGAGCGGCGGAAGCACAUGUACGAUCGGCUGGAGCAGGACUUCCUGCUCUGCCAGCAUGAGCUGGUACAGCUCAGGACCACCCAGUCCAUCCCAGAGGACAAGAGAGAAUGUGCUAAUAAGUGUGACACACUGCUGUCCAGACUGACAGAAUUGCAGGAAAAGUACAAGGCCAGCCAGAAGGAGAUGGGGCAGCUGCAGAUGGAGCAGUGCGAACUCCUGGAGGACCAGAGGAGGUUGCAGGAGGAGCAGGGCCAGCUGCAAGAAGAGCUGCACAGGCUCACGUUCCCGAUACCCAAGUCUGGUCUCCUCCAGAAGAGUUUCGAGCUACUUACAAAGUUACAAGACCUGUAUGAACUACAGCUCCUCUACCAAAGCAUGCAGGAAGAGCAGAAACAGCUGAUACACAAUCAAGAAAAUGUGCUAAACGAACAAUUAGAGCUGCACAAAGAGCUGCAUGUUUUCAAAGACUCCCAUUUCCAGGAAGUGUUGGAGAAUCCAGAAGGUUCCAAAUCACAUAAGUGCUCAAAAUAUGUCCAAGACAAGUCCAAGAUGAUCGCGUCCCACAUGCAGACUCUGCAGAACCUGUACGAGACCAGCCAGACCGAGCAGGAGCUGCAGCAGCAGGAGCAUGGCCGGCUCCUAGAGGAGCGGAAGAGGCUGCAGGCCGACUUGCAGCUCUGCCUGGAAGAAAUGCAGUUGCUCCAAGCCCGGUCCCCUUCUAUAAAAAGAAGCCUUGAGUCCUACAAGAAGAGUUAUGGUAGCAGCAUUGACUGCAGCGAGGGCCUCGGGAGCCCCCAGAGCAGUGAGGAGAACUUUCUCAAGAGCUAUGCCAGCGACACCAGUACCAGUGAGACCUAUCUGAAGAGUUACCGCACCAGCAGCAGCAGCAGCGUCAUCACCGUUAAGAAGACCAGCGGCAGUAGCUCUGACACCUGUUAUAAUAAGAGUUAUGUCAGCAGCACUGACGAUGAACCUGCUGAGCCUGAAGAUCUAGAGAGCUUUGAAGACAUGGUUGCCGAGGUGCUGGUCAAGCUGCAGGGAGUGCAGGCCAUGUACGAGCUCAGCCAGGACGAGCACAGCCUGCUGCAGGAGCGGAUGGGGACGCUCCUGGACCAGCAGAAGGAGCUGAAGGAAGAGCUGGAUGCCUGUGAAAAGGAGUUCAAGGAGUGCUGCGAGGGCCUUGAGAAGCCUGUUGCCUCCCCCUGUGACAAGAAUGAGAUCAAAGAGCUGCAGGCCAAGCUGCGGGAGCUGCAGCUGCAGUACCAGGCCAGCAUGGACGAGCAGGGCCGGCUUUUGGCAGAGCAGGAGCAGUUGGAGGGGCAGCUGCAGUGCUGCCAGGAAGAGCUUCGCCAGCUCAAAGAGAAGCGGUCGUCCUCUGCUACCAACGGAAAGAAUGCCACUAAGAACGUGAAUAAGAAUGCCAGUGGGGUUAAAAUUAAAAAGGUGUCCAAGGCAAGCCUGGGGAGUUCUGAGAGCAGGCAGAACGUGGACGUAGUGCUGUACUACAAGGCCAGCAACCAAGAUGCAGUUAAUCUACCAAAAGAGGAGAAGGAGGAAAAUGGAGAACCAAAGGAGGAGGCCUGGGAUGAACUAGUUUCUGAGCCCCCAGCUCCCAUAGAAAUGGAGCCCACAGAAGAUGGGGAGGAGGGAUUUGAAGAGUCCCAAGACCAGGAGGGUAAGGAAGAAGACAAACAAGAUGAGGACAACAACCCUUGCCCUGAAGCGUCCAAGGAAAACCCCCUUGAGAGCAGAAAGAACAUGUUUGGGAUGUGGAAGCCUAUGGUGUUCUUGGCUCUUGCAGCUGUGGCUCUGUAUGUGUUACCCAACCUGCGACGGCAGGAGGCAGAGUUCUGCCUCUUGGAGUGAUGGCAGACCUGACCUGGGCCAGCCCUGGGGGCAGAUCCCCAAUGGCUACUACCCUCGGCUUUGGGCAGGACACACUGUGCCGGAGCCCCACCCAUCCACAUGUCCCAGUGUCCCCAUCUUUUUAGCCUCAGUCACUCAGGCUGAAAAGGCUGCUGGCACCCAUCUCCUGCCUUGUGUAAGAUCCUGGGUUCCUUGUAAUUAAAUGUCAACCUAACUACA